AGGGACCCAAAGUCAACACUCAUAACAGCCAUGGCAGGCAUAGACGAAACCAAGAGAAAAAGUGCUACGGUCUGCGGCUACCCAAUAAGCAUCUUUUUCAUUGUGGUCAAUGAGUUCUGCGAGCGUUUCUCCUACUAUGGCAUGCGAGCGGUGCUGGUGCUGUACUUCAAGUACUUCCUGCGGUGGGAUGAUGACUUCGCCACCACCAUCUACCACACCUUUGUGGCUCUCUGCUACCUGACGCCCAUCCUGGGAGCCAUUGUGGCCGAUUCGUGGCUUGGCAAGUUCAAGACUAUUGUUUACCUGUCCAUCGUAUACGCGCUGGGGCAGGUUGUCUUGGCAGUAAGUGCUAUCCAUGACAUCACAGAUACAAACAGGGACGGCAUCCCCGACAACAUGACCCUCCACGUAGCGCUGUCCAUGGUGGGGUUGAUGCUCAUCGCCCUGGGUACAGGGGGAAUCAAACCCUGCGUGGCUGCCUUUGGUGGGGACCAGUUCCAAGACCACCAGGAAAAGCAGAGAAGCACCUUCUUCUCCAUCUUCUACCUGUCCAUCAAUGCCGGCAGUCUGCUGUCCACCGUCAUCACCCCCAUCCUCAGAGCUCAGGAGUGUGGUAUUUACACCCAGCAGAAGUGCUAUUCACUGGCCUUUGGCGUCCCCGCUGCUCUCAUGGUGGUUGCUCUGAUUGUGUUCAUUGUUGGGAGUGGUAUGUACAUAAAGACCCCCCCUCAAGGCAACAUCAUGGUGAAAGUCUGCAGCUGCAUCGGGUUUGCUAUCAAGAACCGCUUUAGGAACCGUGCCUCUGAGAUCCCAAAGAGAACCCACUGGAUGGACUGGGCCGAGGACAAAUACGAUAAACUCCUGAUAGCCCAGGUGAAGAUGGUGCUGAAGGUGCUGUUCCUCUACAUCCCUCUGCCCAUGUUCUGGGCUCUCUUUGACCAGCAGGGCUCCAGAUGGACCCUCCAGGCGACCACCAUGGACGGCGACUUUGGAAUUCUGACAAUCCAGCCCGAUCAGAUGCAGACCGUCAACCCCAUCUUGAUCCUGAUUUUGGUGCCAAUCGUGGAUAGUUUGAUCUACCCGCUGAUUGCCAAGUGCAAAGUAAACUUCAGCCCCUUGAAGAGGAUGACUGUGGGGAUGUUCUUCGCUGCCACCGCGUUCAUCGCUGCUGCCCUGGUCCAGCUACAGAUCGACCAAACCCUGCCCGAGUUCCCGUCGAGCACCGUAGGCCAGGUGAAGUUCAUCAACAUGUUAGACACACCGCUGGAUGUCACAGCUGGGCCCAACCAGUUCAACUUGGGGGCUUUCACGGCCAAUGAGGAUUACCUGACCUUUGAUGAACCGUUUCUAUUGAAUCUGGGGCCUGCUAACGAUUUCAGUGUUACGUUGGAGAACGGCACUCGGCAUACCUUGGUCAUCACUCAGGAAAAUAUCCUACCGAAACUGUUCAUGGACGUCAAUGCAAAGCCGGAACAGGGCGCUAAUGCUAUCAGAGUUUUGAACGGUUUCGGCUCAGUUUUGAACGUGACGGUUGGUACCCUGGACUUUGGGGACAUCGCCGUCAACAACAUGUCUGGCUACCUUAACCUACCACAGGGAGUCGCUAAGUUACUGAUCAAGGACGGCCCUGACCAAGAGUGCGUCUACAGUCAGGACCUUGGCUUCGGCAGCGCUUUCACCUUGAUCAUCCCGUCGACUUUUGCAUUUGGACCUAAUUGCGAGCAGAGCAUCCGACCCGUGUUGGACAUCAAGCCGAACAUCGUCCACAUGGCCUUGCAGAUCCCUCAGUACUUCCUCAUCACUGUAGGGGAGGUGGUCUUCUCCGUCACCGGCCUGGAGUUCUCCUAUUCACAGGCGCCCAGCAACAUGAAGUCCGUGCUGCAGGCUGGUUGGCUCUUAACCGUUGCCGUGGGUAACAUCAUUGUGCUCAUUGUCGCAGAGGUUGCAACGCUCCCAGACCAGUGGGCCGAGUACAUCCUCUUCGCCUCUCUGCUGCUGGUGGUGUGCUUCAUCUUUGCCUUCAUGGCCUACUUCUACACCUACAUCGACCCGACCAAGAUAGAGGCCCAGUUCGCCCCUGAAGAGAAGGAGAAGAGGAAGAGCAUUGAGAUGGGCAGGAAGGACUCAGUGGAGCAACGGAAGGAGGACAGGCGGAGUUCUGACUCCAGGCGGAGUUCUGACUCCAGCGCUGAUUUGAGGGAAGCCAAACAGACCAGAAUCUGAGGUGACCCCUUUCUCUGGGCUUUACGAAAGCUGCCCCGGUUCCGUGUCUUGCUGCAGGAAACGUUAGUAUUAGAUGGCAGAACACAGAAACGGGGCUUAGACAGUUAAGCUCUUGGGGGACAGUGUUAGAAAACGAUAGUUCAGACUCUUUUUUUUUUUUUUUUUGCUCAAAAUCUUGAAAAAACAUUCCUCUUUAGAGGUAACUUACAUAAUUAAAUACCCUGGAUCUUUAUUGGUUAGUCAAUUGUGCUUUUGCUGUUGUAAAUUUGUUUUAACAAUGAAUUAUUUUGCACUGUGUAGAAUAUUCUUUACGUAAUUUCCGUUUAACAGCCUUUUAUGGAGUACACAUACAAACAAAACCAUUCCAACAUUUGUAUUUAUUUCCAAGCAAAGUUUUGUCAUA